GGGGAAAAGGGUGACCGUGGAGAGAGGGGCCCCCCUGGACUGGUCAAUGGGGCAGCGCCGCAAGGGGAGCCCGGCACCCCGGGUCUGCCUGGGGACCCUGGGCCCCGGGGUCCUGCCGGCCCCCCCGGACCAAAAGGAGACAAGGGUGACAGUGAGGAAGGUUUCCCAGGGCCACCCGGCCGCCCAGGGGACCCGGGGGAUCGGGGCCCUCGGGGUCCACCGGGGGAGCAGGGAAGGAAGGUGAGUACCAGGAGCAGCUAA